AUGGCGGACCCAACUGGCCCCCCACAGCACUCGUUUACGGGCAUCCUCAAAGACAUCGAGGGGCAAAAUCCACACAAGCGCUCCGAAGAUGGCUCCCUAGGGCGCGAAGAACACGACACCCUAUCGGAAAAGGCGUCGUCUUACAGACGGUCAAAGCCGCCUUCCCUCGACAUCGACAAGUCGCGGCCGCAGGACUUUGACGGCGAGCUCUCGACGGACAAUGUGCUGCCGUCUGCUGCCGUCCAGAAGAAGAUUGAAGAGUACCUUGUGCUGGACAGCAAUGGCAAGUCGAGGACGUUCAAGAGCCUGUAUGCGGGCAACAACAAGGCCAGACGAGUGCUCAUCAUCUUUAUCCGGCACUUUUUCUGCGGCAACUGCCAGGAAUACAUCCGUACCUUGUCCCAACACAUUACCCCCGAUUCUCUUCUCCGACUUCCCAUCAGCACCUUCAUCACCGUUGUCGGGUGCGGCGACCCUGCCCUGAUCGACAUGUAUGCCAAGGAGACGGGCUGCCAGUUUCCCAUAUACACGGACCCGACUCGGUCGCUAUUCGACGCACUGGGCAUGGUCAAGACGCUUAACAUGGGAAAUAAGCCAGCAUAUGCAAAGAAGAGCACGUCAAGGGGAAUAUUCGACAGCAUUGUCCAGGGCCUGAAACACGUGCCCAAGGGCCUGGCUCUCAAAUCCGGCGACCAUCGGCAGGUAGGCGGCGAGUUCCUCUACGAGCCGUUCCAGGUUUCGACGCCAAUCACCACGCCGCAGGAGGAGCAGCAUCCCCAAUUUGGAACGCUUGAGAGGCCUGGAAAUGGAAACGGCAAAGCCAAGGCAGACGAGGAGAGGGUCGAAGAGAAGCAGAUUACGUGGUGCCACAGAAUGAAGACUACGAGGGAUCAUGCGGAGAUUCCCGAGCUUCUGGAGGUGCUGGGCUUGGACAGCCAGGCGCAUAACCCAGAUAUCAAGGACGAAAAAAGGUGGCAAGAAGCUGCGCGGGAGAGGAAGGGCACAGGGGUAACCAUGGUCCCUGAGAUGAAGAGGCUAAGCCAAGCAGCCCGUCAAAGUGCUGAACAGUCUCAUGACUUAUGA